GCGAGGAAUCUGGGGCCCCUGCAGAGGCAGGACCAGGAUGUGACGUAAUAACCGCGCGCGGCGCCCGGAGCUUGGCGUUCCCGCAAGGUCGCUUUGCAGAGCGGGAGCGCGCUUAAGUAACUAGUCCGUAGUUCGAGGGUGCGCCGUGUCCUUUUGCGUUGGUACCAGCGGCGACAUGACGGGGUACACUCCGGAUGAGAAACUGCGGCUGCAGCAGCUGCGAGAGCUGAGAAGGCGAUGGCUGAAGGACCAGGAGCUGAGCCCUCGGGAGCCGGUGCUGCCCCCACAGAGGAUGGGGCCUAUGGAGAAAUUCUGGAAUAAAUUUUUGGAGAAUAAAUCCCCUUGGAGGAAAAUGGUCCAUGGGGUAUACCAAAAGAGUAUCUUUGUUUUCACUCAUAUACUUGUACCUGCCUGGAUUAUUCAUUAUUACAUGAAGUAUCAUGUGUCUGAAAAACCAUAUGGCAUAGUUGAGAGGAAGCCCAGAAUAUUCCCUGGUGAUAUAAUUCUGGAGACUGGAGAAGUAAUUCCACCAAUGAAAGAAUUUCCCGAUCAACAUCAUUAAAGAUUAUGUAAAAACUUAAAAGGCUUAUGAGCCUAAGUUUGUUCCUGUAUUACCAUAUUUACUGAAUUUUCUGGAAAAGUAACUUUAAUAAAGUUUAAUCUCAGAAA